AUGGAUAAUAUCGAAAUUAUUGACGAUAAUGCUACACCGGAGAAAAUACCAAAUGUUAGUUAUUAUUUGGUCAUACUUGAUAAAGAAGAUGAAACAAUAAAUUUAAUGACAGAGAAAAUGAGAAUUGGUGAGAUCAGAUAUUCUACACUACCAAUGGAAUAUCCACCAACUUCUUUAGAAGGAAUUGCCAUAGUAUAUAAUAUUGAAACUUGGGAAAGUUAUGAAUCAGCUUUUAAUAAUAUGCAAUAUUCUCAAGGACGUCCCUCUGGAGGUGGUGAUACAUCUGAUCUUAAAGAUAAAAUUCAUACAGAAGUUGACAUAGAUUAUGAUUUUAUUCAUACUUCUAAUAAACCACUAUUGGAUCAGAAAUCUAAAGAAGCUAAGACAAAAUAUCUUGCUACAAUUACUAUAAAUUGUCCAUUUGAUAAUGAAAAAUAUAAAGAUAAAAGCAAAGAAGGUAAUCAUUAUUUUGAAAGGCUUAAAAAUGAUAUUGAUCUAAUAUUACUUUUAGGAAAAUUAUUCAAUGGUGAAGUUAAAUUUAAAGAAAAAUAUCUUGGUUAUAUUCAGCAAUUAGCUACUUUUUCAAAUAAUCAAAUAAUGGUUAUUUGUAUUUCUGAAGUUAUGGCUUGUACUUGGAUUAAAUUAGAAUAUUUUAAAGUUAAUAACUAUGAUUCACAAUAUAAUAUAA